UCACGUCGCAUUGCAUCAACAAAGCGGCCUGCUGUUUCUCUGCUACUAACCCGAAGAGUCAUGUACCGUUUCGACAACAAUGACAGCCUCAAAGACAUGCUCAGGUACACACCUCCCCACGGUCUAUGCCUGAUCCGGUUGUCCGCAUCCGAUGAGCCCCAGUCCCAGCCACUCACAUGCCACGGUCGUUUCUGCAAACAUCCGAUCAAUGUGCUCGUCAUAGAUGUUCCUAUCCUGCCUGACAUGUCCCUGGCGACUAGAAUUCUGCUUGUUUCCCUGGUAGAAUGUCUGCACCAGAACUCAAGCAACAGCUUGCUGACUUUUUACAUGAUUGGGCAUGCAAGACCAAGACUGAUCGGACCCAGGAUCAUACGAACAGAUGCCGCUAGCUAUCGCACGCACAUGCGCCGUCGAACGGGAGCGGGAAGUAAUCUCGAUCACAGCGCGAACACCACGCCGCGAAUAAACUAUAGCAACUCCAGACUUCUGAUGCUUCUAAUCCCUUUCACAAUGUUCUAGCGCAUGUACUGUAGCACCGAGACACAGUCUGAAAUCUUCCCGAGAACGACCUGGGUCCCAUUCUGCAACUAACUCUGUUGCACAUAUUCACUCAGCUCAAGACUAGUCCAGCGGUUGUUACUCCGACCGCCUAUGUCAUCGCAGCUACAUUGAGAUUUGCAAUAUCAAAGAGACAAUGUUGGGCGAGCGAGUCACACAACAAGGGCAUCCCCUGCCCACAAUCCAAUGUGGGUCUGUGGCGGUUCCAUGUCUUCGGUGGAAUAGAUCCGCCGUGCGUCGCUCACGUGGAGA